CAAAAACAACAGUAGCAAUGUCGAUUUCUGUUAGUCCUCAAAAUGAAGCUUCUAAAUUGGAGAGAUUAGGAGCUCAUUCUCAUAUUAAAGGAAUUGGCCUAAAUGAUAAUCUGGAGCCCAAAGAAUCGAGUGAUGGAAUGGUGGGUCAGGUGAAGGCUCGUCGGGCUGCGGGUGUUAUUCUUCGAAUGAUUCAAGAAGGUAAAAUUGCAGGUCGCUCUAUACUAAUGGCUGGACCACCAUCAACCGGUAAGACAGCUAUCGCAAUGGCUAUGUCUCAGACUCUUGGUUCAGACACUCCGUUCGUCUCUCUUUCUGCCAGUGAAGUUUACUCCUUGGAAAUGUCAAAGACUGAAGCUUUACUGCAAGCACUACGGAAAAGUAUUGGCGUUCGCAUCAAAGAAGAAACGGAGAUAAUUGAAGGUGAAGUCGUAGAGAUUCAAAUUGAUCGCUCGAUAACUGGUGGAAAUAAGCAAGGUAAACUUACAAUCCGUACUACGGAUAUGGAAACGGUAUAUGAUUUGGGUACAAAAAUGAUUGAUGCUUUGACAAAAGACAAGGUUUUGGCUGGUGAUGUUGUAACGAUUGACAAGUCUAUGGGUAAAGUCACUAAAUUAGGUCGUUCAUUCACAAGGGCUCGCGACUACGACGCUAUGGGAGCGGACACUCGUUUUGUUCAAUGCCCUCAAGGCGAAAUCCAAAAGAGAAAGGAAAUAGUUCAUACUGUUUCCCUGCAUGAUAUUGAUGUCAUUAACUCUCGAACUCAAGGAUUUUUGGCUUUGUUCGCUGGUGAUACCGGUGAGAUUAAACCAGAGGUCCGUGAACAAAUUAACACCAAAGUUAGCGAAUGGAGAGAAGAAGGAAAAGCCGAAAUUUCUCCUGGCGUUUUGUUUGUAGAUGAAGUUCAUAUGCUUGAUAUUGAAUGCUUCUCAUUUUUUAACCGUGCUUUGGAAGAUGAACUUGCUCCUAUUGUUAUCAUGGCCUCAAAUCGAGGAAUUACCCGGAUCCGUGGCACUAACUACCGUUCUCCUCAUGGUAUUCCUGUCGAUUACCUAGACAGAAUGCUAAUUAUUUCGACCCAACCUUACUCUCAUGAGGAAGUAAAGGAAAUUUUGCGGAUUCGUUGCCAAGAGGAAGACGUUGACAUGGCACCUGAAGCUUUGGAUUAUUUAGCAUCUAUUGGACGUGAAGCUAGUCUACGAUAUGCAUUACUUCUCAUCUCCUCAUCUAAUCAAGUUGCUCUCAAGCGCAAAAGUGCUACCAUCGAGGAGUUAGAUAUUAAGCGUGUUUACGAACUUUUCUUAGAUCAAAAACGAAGCGUUAAGUAUUUGGAAGAGUAUGAAAAAAAUUAUGUUGCUGAAAAUGAAUGGCCUGCCCCUGCUUCUGAAGAUGUCGCGGCCAUGCAAGAAGACUAAAUCCGUUAAUGUUUCUUUUUUUUUGAAUUUUCUUUCAUAUACUUUAUACUUAGAAGAUUGGAGAAUGAUGAAAAAUGUAUUUAAUAGAAUAGGGAAUCUGUAUCAACUCAUUGUUGCAAAAUGAAUUCAUGAAAACAAAAUGCGUUUUGUAGGGACAUAGCUGAAGUGUUAUAGAAGACUAGUCAUGAAACAAAAAUAAAAAUAAAAAUUUCAGGUUGAGUUUUCACUCAAGUAGGAAACGUUUUGCGG